ACACAAGCUGUGGAAUACUUUGCCGAAUGUUGUCUCUGCCCGAAAAACGAGACGUUUGUUAGAGUACAAGCAGGUAUCGACAGUCCUGCGCAGAUCGGAGAUAAAGCGAAGUGGUUCAGCGAAUCCUUGAUGCCCGUGCAUUUUAUGGUCUAUCCAAACGAAUCUUCGCUCUGCGCUGCGUACUAUGCUUACAGUAGGGAAAGUGGUAUGGAAUCCGACAGCGACGACAAUGAGUCGAGGUCCAUAGACAGCUCGUCGAGCAUCGAUGAUCUGGUGUUCGAUGGACCAGAUGAAGCUAGUGAGCGUGAUAUCAUCAUCAAACCACUUGCCGAAGUGAAUGAUGUUUAUAAGGAGCCAUUGACUCUAGAGCUUCCUCCUAGCGAUAGUGCUGCGUCGAUUGGUAGUUCCAUAAGUAGCGGGAGGUCCAGUCCAGCUUCUUCACUUUCUGCCUCGGCUAUUGAUAGCGAAGCUGACUUUGCGAGACUGGCUGAGAAUCUUGCUUUGAAAUCUGAUUCUAAGGUGAUUAUUUCAUUGACAAAUAAUUUCGAUUGACU